UGGCCCGCCAUGCAGCAAAGCAAAUGCGUUCAAGCACAUUGUGGGAGAUGGUUUGGUAGAUUUCCGUCUUUGCUCGUGCGCCAUCUUCAAGGGUGUUCAGACGCCACAGAAGAAGCGAAAAUGACACAAGCCGCCUCGUCGUCGCAGGCUGCGCAGAUUCGACAACAGGCAUUACGUUUCUACGAGCAUUAUUGCAAGGAAUAUCGUGACAUCGCUCCAUCCUGCAUUUUUCGACCGUACGCCAUCGGGCAACAUCUGAUCAAUGUGCAGGAUUUGCUUCAAAUUUUGUUCUGGCUUCGGGGCCAAAGAUGGACUGAACUUUAUCGAACACCGACGUCGCCGCAGCCCCAGGGAGUUAUGACUAACAGGUACGUUGGCACACUCUAGCUCAGUUAAAUGAGCUGAAGCGAGUAAUUCAAGGAACGAACAAGGAAGAAAGGGUGUUGUAAUAUGCGAAAGUGCACUAGUUCUAGUAGCGUCUACUCUUUCUAACAAGACAAGCUCAAGCACGGGGGCGCGCACCGCUUCAGUUUCAGCAGCGGUGCAUGAUAGAGUUAUGGCAUUUUUGCAAUUUGCAGACUGCAUCGCCCCACCACUCGUCUCGGUGCUUUUGAGCGGGCCGCUCCACGUUAUCAAGGGCUUCAUUUUGCGGCAAGGCUCCUUUGCGUUUCUUGCUCGCCUGCUUUUGGUGUCGCUUCUCGCUUUUCCGCGAACGAUUAUGCACAUGGUGCUUCCACUCUUAGAAGAGACCGUGCAAAGCUCGAUUUCAGGUUUUCUGCAAGACUGGGUCAAAUCUUCGGCUUGGACAUCGAACCCGGUUGUACGGAAUGCAGGCUUUUUUGGAUUCAAAGUCUUCUCCAAAGUGCAACAAUGGGUACUUCGUUCUACUCAAUUGAUUAUGGUUUCUCAUGCAUGGUAUGGUUUUCACCAGGACGUUUUUAAGACUUCUCUUCAGCUAUGUCCGAAACAAGUUGCAAUCACUCGGUCAUAUGUGAUUAUCAGCAAAAAAGAACUGAAACGUCACAGCGACUCAACAUAGUGCGAUUACACUGCUAGGUUGAAGCCGGCGCUGACUCGCUGGAUGAGCGAUUGAUGCGGUCACGGUCGAUGGUAUUCAUACGUGAGGAUAUACUGAAGAAGUACUUCCAGAUUGAUAUCAGUCGUUUUCGGCUUCUCCGGAACCUGGAACUCUUUUGCGCUUCGACGUCUGUCGUUCUACUGCUAUGGACGGAUGUGGUUUACAAUGUGCUUGGGUAUUACCUGGCACGCUUUGGUGGUGGAUCCGCGUACCGGGACCUGCCUGGACCGCUGAGUUUUGCCCAUCUGAUCGGGCUGGUGCAUGGUGGAACCAAUCUGCGUGGCACGCGCUCCGCAGCAGUAUCAUCGAAGAUCGAGGUUCUGCGGAAUCUCGUCUUAUCUUUUGCGCUCUUGUUUGGCGGCGGGGGCACUUGGUUUGUGCAGCAUAUGGUCGGGAGGUCCUACAACCAAGAGCGCGCAAGCAGAAGUCGCUCGGCGUCAAAGAUCUCUAAGGCAACAGCAGCGCCAAGGCGUGACGGUGAGACCGAUAUUGGAGGGGAGGGGCACACGAGAGAUGCCCGCGAUUAUGCAGAGCCCUCGUCAAGUAGUGGAAGCCGUGCCCGAAAACAAACUGUGGAUGCUUCGCCACCACCGGGUGUUGCGGUGGGUGAUGCCUGGUCGUCUAAUGACAUACUGACAGAAGCAUUCGCUACGCCGGAAGGCAGCUUCAGCGCCGCGGGCUAUGAAAACAUUGCAGGCAACAUACAAAAGACGCGAGCGAGCCCAAGAGAUGUCUUGCAACGUGCACUGGACGAAGGAAGAGAGAAUCGACCUCGACGCGAGACUGCUGAGGCUCGUUCAGGAUCAGCCUCGAAAGAUAAGAGUCCUCUGCUAAAGAGUGACGAGGCCACCUCUCCGGCAUCUGCUUCAUCAGGUGGCAGUUCUUUUGUUGAUGUGAUGGAACCUAUAGACGUCUUUCAGCUAACGCUGACAACGGUGAGUACGCUUGUCGGUGCGGUGAUCGGCCUUGAGGCUGGCCGGCAUGCUUUCGACGGUAUCUUCGGUGACGAUGGGGAGCGACAGCGCAGACGAGAUUAUGCGACUUUGUCGUUACUGCCAGACGAAUGGUCUGCGACCAAUGGCGACGUGCUCCACCAUUAUGUCGACAAAAGUCGUCAGGCGCUAGGCAAAAGUUCUUCUGCUGCAAUUGUUACUAAUGGCGCUGAGGCUCUUGAAGCGACUGGUGCGGAGCGCGAAGAACCAGAACACGAGACCGUUCGUGACAAGAUGAUGAUAGAAAAGCGCACCUUCAAUAAUUUAGCCGGCAUAAGAAAUGUGAAAGCUUUCAUAGAUGCAAAUCAAGCAUUGGAGCGGAUAGAUAGAGAUCGCGACAUUUUUGCAAAUAGGAUCCGCUUCAGGGCACGGCUCUGAUGAGUAAGUACCUACCUACUUGUUGCAGUUGCACUUGCGAUCAACAAGUUUCAGUUUGAAUUUUCUUGCUGGGAGGGAAAGGAUGACACAUGAUCAGCAUGCGUGUGGCUUAGCCAUCAAAGGAUCUUGUAGGUACUAACUCGGCUAUUGUGUGCCGAGUUGAUGGAUCAAUGUGAGGCGUCACUUCAGUGUGUGUACUCGGCUAAGUCCGAGCUGUAGAGGCAGAGAAGGCGGCGUCAUUUCAGACAGUACCUACAGCAUCAGUG